GACCCCAUGUCACAAACAACCUUUCUUUCCAUUUCAUGAUAAUAACAGCCUUUGCAGGAUUUGUAGCCGUCGUUGUCGUUGCUGGAAUAAUCAUGAGGAAAUGUAAUCUCAGGUAAGACAUUCUUAUUAGCUUGUUAAAAGAAGAAUGUAUGGGUAUUUGACAUAUUUGAUCAUUUAAUUAAUCAAUUACUUUGUUAUGGGGGUACUGUAAUAAUAUACUGUAAGUGCAAUCUCAAAUAACAAUCUGAUCUACAAUUCAUAUAGAGAACUAUGGGCCUCAGAAAUAUGCGGUAGGCUAUAGAUCCAAGAUUUGUUUGUGCUCUCUUGCCAACUAAAUGUCAAUGGUGUGACAAAGAGCUGGUAAGAGAGCAUAAACAGAUCUGAGAUCAUAUGAAUACCCAAACGUAUGACAUAGGCUACUUGACCUACGUUUAAGUCUGACUCAACAAGGUUAUUUUAGGUCACUAAUAACUCCACUGUUGAAGCUUCUCACUUCCUGCCUUGUCAAAAAUGAGUGCCGAAAAAAACAAAACCUACACUGGCAGGCACAAACACACACGUAGAGACAUGUUGCUCCAGAAAGCAUCCGCUGUGUAAAACCAUGUGAUGCUACGAUCAUUCACUAGUCUUCUCUUCUUAUACACAGCAGGAGAACACAGCAGAAAGCAGGGUACACAUUUAAAGAGGUGAUGCAACAACACUGUCUUUUCUGUCAGGGCUGUAAUUGCUUGAUGUAACCUGGAGUCGUAAGACUGUCAGGGCUGUUAUUGCUUGCUGUUCCCUUUAGUCAUAAGACUGUCAGGGCUGUAAUUGCUUGAUGUUACCUGGAGUCGUAAGACUGUCAGGGCUGUAAUUGCUUGAUGUUACCUGGAGUCGUAAGACUGUCAGGGCUGUUAUUGCUUGCUGUUACCUGGAGUCGUAAGGCAUCUGCAACCUAUGCUCUUUCACAUUUUCAAUUGAAUUUGCCAACAUUUUAAAAUAUUUCCACAGCCCCAUAUGACAUUUUACAGUGUAAUAUGGUGACUAUUGUUAAUGUCUUUGUAGGAGGAGCAACAGGACAUUGAGCCCGACAGCACGUUAACAAGGAGAGACAAUGGGCUGUACUCAACUCUCCAGCUGCCACAUUCUAACCUC